AUGUUCUUCCGAUCAUUCACGUGCCUGCUGGCAGCACUGCUCAUCGCACUGUGCGCGCUGCCACCCAGCGUAUCAGCGGCGGCGCUGACUGCGAUCCUCGAGCCGCACGAAAAGUCGUGCUACUACGCAUGGGUCGACCAAGUGGGUGAGAAAGUUGGCUUCUAUUUUGCCGUCCAGUCCGGAGGCAACUUUGAGGUCGCCUACUCGGUGCAUGACCCGAAUGACAAGCUCAUUAUCGAUGGACACAAGGAGCGACAAGUUGAUAUCAUCUUCACGGGCAAUACUGUUGGAGAAUACGUCUUCUGCUUCCACAACGACUACACGAGCUAUGCGGAGAAGCUUAUCGACUUCGACAUCACUGUCGAGUCCGAGCCGCGCCUGGAAAUGCCUCUUUCGCAGACGCAGCUGCUCUCUGAUCACUCGGCGCCACUCGAAGAGUCCAUCACCAAGAUUGGUUCCGAACUGACCAGCAUUGCUCGGACCCAACGAUUCUUCCGAACACGAGAAAACAGGAACUACGAUACCGUUGUCAGCACACAAUCGCGAAUCUUCUGGUACUCGAUCGUGGAAUCGCUCGUCAUCAUCUCCAUGUCCGUCGCUCAGGUGCUUGUCGUGCGCUUCCUCUUCAACACGAGCAGCACAAAGCGGUAUAGGGUCUGA